AGAGUUGAUAGUUCUAAGUAGGUGGUGAGAAGGGGAGCCCGUGGAUAAAUACCUAAGGGUUGGAAGGUCUGGAACUAUUGACGACUUUCUCUAAAGCCGGUAGAAAAAGGAUAAUAUCAGAGCCGCAAGCGCGGGUACCGAAGGCUACUAUGGAAAAAGAAAACCACACCGAAAAUGAUAGCAACCUGGAAUCGCAGAUCGGGACGGAGAUCUUCGAGGGCUCCGUAGACCGCGCUGAAGAUGUGGAGACGAAGUCUCCUCCAAAGACGGCGGCGCAGAACACUCUUGAUGUUCCGGACGGUGGCCUAACAGCAUGGCUCCAAGUCCUCGGGGCCUUCGUCGUGAUGCUCUCGAGCUGGGGCCUCAUCAACUCGUUCGGCGUGUACCAGACGUACUACGAGACGUCGCUCCUGGCGUCCAGCUCGUCGUCCUCGGACAUCAGCUGGAUCGGGUCCGUGCAGGGCGCCCUCCUCAACAUGGGCGGCCUGGUCUCCGGCCCGCUGUUCGACGCCGGCCACUUCCGCGCCCUGACCCUCGCCGGCUCCGCCCUCGUCCUCCUCGGCCUCUUCAUGACCUCCCUGUGCCGCUCCUACUGGCAGGUCCUGCUCGCCCAGGGCGUCGCCGUCGGCGUCGGCUGCGGCUUGCUGUUCCUCCCUUCCGCCGCCAUCCUGAGCCAGUAUUUCGCCCGCAGGCGCGCGCUCGCGCUCGGCUUGCAGUCCGCCGGCUCGCCGAUCGGGGGCAUCGUCUUUUCUAUCCUGUUUAGUCGGUUGCAGCCGCGGAUCGGCUUUGGGUGGGCGACGCGUGUGAUAGCAUUUAUUCUGCUUGGGCUUCUUGUCGUGCCCUUGGUGUUCAUGCGCCCGCGCGUUGCGCCACCCCGGCAUAAGCGUGCUUUCUUCGACCGCGACGCCGUGCGCGACGUGCCGUUCCUGAGCUUCGCGGUCUCGGGCCUAUCGGCGUUCAUGGGGAUGUACGUGCCUUUUUUCUACCUGCAGCUGUUUGCGCUGCGGCGCGGCAUCGCGAGCGCGGACUUGGCCGCGUACCUGGUCACGCUGCUCAACGCCGGCAGCGUCUUCGGGCGCAUCUUGCCGAACUUCGUCGCCGAUUACCUCGGCUCGAUGAACAUGCUGGCGGCGAUGACCCUCGGCGCCAGCGUUCUGGCGUUCGGCUGGCUCGGCGUGGACGACCUCGGGGGCACGAUUACGUUCGCGCUGCUCUUUGGGUUCUUCAACGGCGGGGUUACGAGCCUGCCACCCAGCGCUGUCGUGUCCCUCACGCCGGAUCUUGGCCGCCUUGGCACCCGGAUGGGUAUGCUGUUCGCGUUUAUCGGGAUCGCGGUCUUGGUCGGCACGCCGAUCGCGGGCGCGAUUCUGAAAGAUGCGGAUGAUGAUGGGGCUUGGAAAGGGCUGGUCGGAUAUUGCGCUGCGACGUUGUUUAUGGGGGGGCUCGGGUUUGUGGGAACGCAGAUAUUGCACUUGAGGAGGGAGAGGAAUACAAAGGUGUGAGCCUUAUGUCGGGAAAUGGCUCAUAUAUUGUCCAGCUAGAUGAAGGCUUCAUAUUAUAGCUAUCUAAGGUAUGUUUUUACAUAUUUGAAUAUACAGACAAAAAAAAUUCCGGCUGACAGUUAUAACUCAUAUCGAGUCCUCACAGUAAAGAAUGGAUUAUCCAUUUAGGUCUUCAAACU